ACCACUGCUAGCUCUGGAGCAGAACGCUCGCUCGUUUGCUCACCGCUUGGGACACGGACCGAUCACAAACAGAACCCCCAACCCUCGACGGUGCAUGCGGUCGUCGAAACUUCCCGGAAUCGAGUGCCCGUCUAAUUGAGUGGAUUCACCGAAAUUUUGUGCUUGCGAGAUUCUUGUGCAAGUCAGACGAUCACCGCAUCGAACCCGCCCGCCUUCAAAACUCCUAUGAUUACGGAGUGUGCGCAGCAGCUCAAGUGCUCUCGCUACGAUCCUCUGUCAAGACGAACCGACGGAAGCGUUCAAGAUGAGCGACAUUCACAGAGAUGAUGUUCUGAAGAAAUUCACCGCGACUCAGAUGCUCGGUGUGCAUUCUUCUCGAGCGAUUAAACGUCAGCGUCUCGAUCGAUACGCGAAACGCACACUGAGAAAUGUGGAGAACUUGCUCAAAUUCCAGAGGACCGGCAUGGCGAGCCGUAGAGAAAACUUCGUAGAAUGCAUCAGCAAUAUGGGAGCUCAUGCUAUAAACGUACUGUCUACUGCGGAGGUCCCAGUCGCGCCACCCCCGUCGAGUCCAUCAGAAAUCGAAGACCAACAAGUACUCGCCUUGUGCGCUCCACAGGACGACACGAAGAUCAACCUUGACAACAUAGCAGGCAACGUUUUUUUCGACCUCUUCCGAAUGACGCGCGAAACUUUCUCCUACGUCCUCGACGAAAUUUCACCGUUCAUGAUGGCUGACGAUGAGGAAGUCGAAGUAAAAGUAGCUGUCGCUCUCUGGAUUCUUGGGGGUUCGGAGGCGGUAUAUCCCCCACUGCUCAAGGUCCCCGAGGAACAAAGAAUUCAGUAUCUGCUCGAGUUUUGUCGCCAGGUUACAAAAUCUCUCAUGCCCAAGGAGAUCUCGCUUCACGAUCGGUUAGAUUCGUCGAUGUGGAACUUCCAGUGUAAAUUCGGGCUGAGGAACUGCGCCGGGGCUCUCAAUUUCACCCACAUUCCGAUUUACCUUGGCGAUAUGAAAGACGAUGCCUGUGAAUAUCUCAACAACGCCGGGUUCCGAUCGAUUAUCAUGCAGGCGGUCGUGAGCUCGGAUUACAAAUUCUGCGACCUCUCGAUAGGAUAUCCAGGCCGAACUCCGGUCGAUCAUGUUUUGUACAACUCAGCAGUCUGGCGAAAAGCGGAAUCCGGCGUACUGUUCCCCGCCGAAGGAGAGCCCGGCCCUAACCAAGGACCCCAUCCAUAUCUCAUCGCCGGCACGUGCUAUCCAUUGUCGGAAAGGAUCGUUACUCCAUUCCAAGCUCCAAAAUUCAGCGAUAUGGAGAAACGUUUCAACAACUCGAUAUACAAUGCACUCAGCGUGACUCAGAGGGCCUUCAAGCUCCUCCGCUCGAGGUUCCCGUUCCUACUCGACUUCGAUAAAGUUACGGUGGAAGACACGCCGGCAGUGGUAGCCGCCUGCUGCGUCUUGCAUAACAUCUGUGAGAGCAGACGUGAGAUAACGAGAAAGUCGUGGGAAAACAUAACCAAAACGAAGCAACACCUCAUCCUAGCUCAGGGACAGCCCGCGCUCGUUCACGAAUUGUCGCCGGAAGCUGUUGAAUUCCGUGAGCUCGUUAAGAAUAGCAUGAUACACAGUUACGAUCGUAGGUUCUGAAAUUAUUCGAGCUCCAGCCGCUCCGGCGUCACACGUGAUAUCAAAGAUACUGUUCCUGUACAUCGAAAACAAGAGAGAGACUCGGUGGGCCGCCAGAUCGAGGAUUUCCAAAGGGAGCAUCCACUCGAGCUGAAUAUACUUUGUACCGCAUUUGAACAAAAUAUUCAUCUUAUAGGCUAUGAAGAGUAUCGAUCAAUGAAUAGUUGAUCUAAUAUAAGAUAUGAAGAUGAG